AUGUGGUUGCUUUUGACCCAGCAGAUAUCUUAUUCAACAGAUCGGAUUAACCCAUAUCGACAUAAGAAAACAGUAUCUCGUCAUCUCCUAACGGCAGCUAAAUUGCUUAUCCCAGUUCUGUGGUGGCAAAGAGAACCACCAAUGCUCCAGGCCUGGAUCCAAAGAGUGGAGGAGAUCAGGCAGGUGGAAGCUGAAAUAGCAGUGGUGAGUGGAAGAAUGGAGAAACACGAGGAGAUCUGGAGGACAUGGACGUACUACCUGUGCACCAGGAAUGAACCUGGACACCAACCCACUGAGUAA